AUCUUGACUUUCCAUCCACCGCCUGCAUCACGACGAGAGGCAGAUAGGUAACAGGCAAACAUCGUCAAGAUGGGAGGCGAUGACGGGUCAGGGGAAGAUGUGGUCACACACCCCGCCAGACCUAUCUUGCGCCUGGAUGAAGCAGUCGUCAACCGCAUCGCCGCGGGCGAGAUCAUCCACCGCCCAGCCAAUGCCCUCAAGGAGCUCAUUGAGAACAGCCUCGACGCAGGAGCGACCCUUAUCCACAUAACCCUCAAAGAGGGUGGCCUCAAAUGGCUGCAGAUUCGCGACAAUGGGUCGGGCAUUAGGCCGGGAGACUUGCCCCUUCUCUGCGAACGCUUCGCGACGUCGAAGCUGCGCGAUUUCGAUGACCUCUCAGCGAUGACUACCUUUGGCUUUAGAGGAGAGGCGCUCGCGAGCAUCAGCUUCGUAUCGGCAUCAAUGUCCGUCGUGACAAAGACGAAACAAGAUCCAUUGGCCUACAAAGCCUUCUACACCUCUGGCGCUCUUGCACCCCCCAAGCCUGGCCAGUCCUCAGAACCUAAGCCAUGCGCUGGUAGCGACGGUACCAUCCUCACCGCAGAAGACCUCUUCUACAAUGUCCCGCAGAGACGCCGAGCCCUCAAGAGCGCGGCAGAGGAGUACAAUCGAGCCCUAGACAUCGCAGCCAAGUAUGCACUGCACUACGGGUCAAGAGGUGUAGGAUUCGUGUGCAAAAAGUCAGGCUCAAAUGCCACAGAUCUCAGCACCCCCUCUUCCUCUGCCACCCAAACAAUGGACACCAUUCGCCUCUUACACGGCACUUCGGUGGCCCGUGAGCUCGUCCACCUCGAACCCAAACGCAACGCUCCGCUUGGCUUCACAGUCGCAGGGUACAUCAGUGGCGCCAACUGGUCUGCAAAGCGUACAACCUUCCUGUGCUUCAUCAAUCACCGCCUCGUCGACUGCUCAGCCCUCAAGCGAUCUUUUGAGACGCUCUAUUCGGCUAUGCUGCCCAAGGGUGGCCAUCCUUGGAUCUACUUGAGCCUGGAGAUCGACCCGGCAAAGGUGGACGUCAAUGUUCAUCCGACAAAGAGGGAGGUUCAUUUCCUUAAUGAGGACGAGAUAGUCGAGACGGUCUGCACUUAUGCGCAGGACGCUCUCGCGGGCGCCAAUAGUACUAGGACCUUUCAAUUCACGCAGUCCAUCCUGCCUGGUGCUACGCAACCUGGUGCAUCGUCGACCUCAGCGCAAGCGGGACCAUCGGGAGCAGCAUCCAUGCGCCCACCUGCUGCUACUUCUCAGAAUCCCCAAUAUCAAGUACGAGUUGACGCAAAGACUCGCACGCUGCCCAGCAUGUUCUCGCAGAAUCCGAACGUUCGCCAGGAUGCUACCUCGUCAGACCCGAUCCGCGUCGAUGGAGAAGCCGGUGACGAGGGCAACGAGACUACCGUCGCAACCACCUCCUCGGCACGUUUCAGAGUCGACGAGUCACCUUGCACCCUCAGCUCUGUCCUUUCGCUGCGCUCCGCCAUCCACAAACAACGACACGGAGCUCUUACGGACAUCCUCCAGAAUCACACCUUCGUAGGUGUGGUCGACCUAGAUCGAGGCCUUUCCCUCUUUCAGCACGGCACUAAACUCUACCUCGCCAAUCAUGACGACUUCAUAGAGGAGGCGGCCUACCAGCUUUGCCUGAGGCAAUUCGGCUCAGUGAAGAGGACGAGGCUUGACCCACCUCUUGGGCUGGAAGAGCUGGUGAGAUUGGGAGUGGAGAUAGAGGCACCGCGGGGAGAGGGGGAAUUAGAGGAGCUUACUGGCGGGAUGGGAAGGGCAGAGUUGGUGAGAAAGAUUACGGACCAUCUAGCUGAGCGCGGUGAGAUGCUGGGCGAGUACUUUUCGCUGGACGUCCGAUCGUCCGGAGAUGGCGAGGAGGUCGCAGGCGCAACGAUUCACGCCAUCCCUUGCCUUAUCCCAGGGCAGAGCGACGCCCUGCCAGCCGAGAACCUGCCCUCCCUGCUCGUUCGGCUGGCACUAAAUGUGGACUGGGACGACGAGCAAGGUUGCUUUGAUGGCUUUGCUCGUGAGUUAGGAGCAGCUCAUCGCUUAGGCCCGCUAGCUUUGGUAGCCGGAGCCCAACAUAAUGGUGCUGAGGAAGCAUCUGCUACCGCCAUGGCGUCGGCUGAAGAUCGUGUGGCACACCUAUGGUUCCCGUACUUUGCUGCGAAGCGUGGAGGCUUCCUGCCGCCAAAACAGCUCGUCAAGCCGCCUGUCGUGAGAGGUGCUGAGCAGCAGCCUCCAGCCGCGUUGGUGCAGCUAGCUAGCCUCAAUGAGCUCUACCGCAUCUUUGAGCGAUGCUGAGCGGGUUGGCCGCGACCGUCGGCGAGAUUUCAAGAAGGGGUUCUCUCAUACGGAGAGGUCAGAUCAAGCGUCUGCGUCGUGUUGCAUGUAUUUCAUUCUGUCAUUGAUAAUCCUGUCCUGUCCUGUCACGUUGCGUCGCAAAAUUGCCUCGCUGCCGUCG